UCCGCUGGCGGUGGCGGGGUGCGCGCGCAUGCGUCGUGGGUUCGCCGGCAGGCCGAAGCCAUGGGAGCAGCGGCGGCUGAGGCGGACCGGACCCUCUUUGUGGGGAACCUGGACCCCAAAGUCACCGAGGAGCUGCUCUUCGAGCUCUUCCACCAGGCUGGCCCAGUUAUUAAAGUGAAAAUCCCUAAGGACCGGGAUGGGAAAGCAAAACAGUUUGCCUUUGUGAAUUUCAAACAUGAAGAAUCGGUUCCCUACAGCAUGAGUCUACUCAAUGGGAUCAAGCUUUUUGGGAGACCUCUCAAAAUUCAGUUCCGAUCAGGGAGCAGCCACGCCUCCCAAGAUGGCAGUUUGGCCUAUACCCAGCACGCCUCUGCUAACGGAAGCCCCUCCAGUGUUCAGCCACUGUCAGCCACAGUUGGCAGCAACAGAUAUGAGAGGAACAUGGAUAACAUGUCAGCAGGGUUGACAACUAUCCAGAGGUCUUUCUCCUCUCCAGAAAACCUCCAGAGACAGGCUGUGAUGAACAACCUUAUGUGGCAGCAGUUGCCGUAUAGCGGGAGGUCUGGCUCUCUGCAUUCAGAGUCGUCCGGCUUUGCUUCUCCAGGGCACCAGCCGAGUUACGCCUUUCCCCCACCGCGGCACCCAGAGAGCCGCAAGAAUCGGGUGAGCUCCCACCCCUACCAGGCUGAAGGUCGGCAUUAUACCCGGGAGCAUCAGCGGUCUGGGGACUGUGGCUCAGAGCAUCAUUUCCGGGCCAGUCGAGAUGAGUAUGGCCAUGACGACAGGAACUACAGAGGCUGGAGCCAAGAUUACGACAACCGGAGGGAGAGCCACCGCGAGGGCAAGUGGCACCCCUCCCGUCACUAGCCAGUGUUUUUGAAUGGAUUUUAUGUAAACGCCUUGAAGAAACAAGGUGGCCGUUUCCUUUUUUAAAGAAAAUUGAGUUUUACAAAGAACUUCUGAACCAUAACAAAAUCACCUGUAUUUUCAGAGAAGUGGCUUUGUUUCAUUUGUAUUAACCUCCCCCCCCACCCCCCGAGGGUUUAGGCAAAAGGGGAAAAAUGCCACUGUUUUAAACAAGUGAAAAUCACUGCAGUUUAUUUUAUGAGGGGAAAAAAAAAGAUGUGCCGUUUUGGUUGUAUUUUAAAAUAAAUGUCGGUAUUUUUGUAAUGUCUGGAUAAGGAGCUUUUGAAACAGUUCUGCUUUUGUGAUCUCACAGAAGAGAGUCACAGAGUAGAAAAUGUGUUGGCCUGUUAACAGUAUCGGUGACAGUGUUUUGCUACUGGACUGCCCGUUGCUUUUGAGUACUUCUUGUCUUAAAGAAAUAUCCAGCCUUUUUAUAUUAAAAGAGGGAGAACCACUUUGCUGGAUAUCAGUGGCUAAUUCAUCCUGAAAGAUGGGCUGGUUUUUUCCCCAGCUGCUUUCAUGUUUUUUAUAUAUAUAAAAAGAGCCAGCAGUGUUGUAAAAGACCUGUCCAGCCAUUUAAGUGAUUAAAAUCUCAGGAAAUCUUUGCAUGCUUUAGUACAUCUGAACCUUUCCAGAUUUAACAUGAUUUAAGAACAAACCUUGUUUAAAUUUUGCCAUUUGUCUUUGUCUGAUUCAAAGGAGAGGAAAUGGUAAGUAUGAGAAUGUGUUCUGGUUGCGUUUCUAGAAUAUGACCCAGCUGCAUACAGAAAACAUUUAGAAAAUAGCGGGUUGGCUCCAAGAUACAUCUUAAGACUUGAGUGUAGGCCUGGUUAGGUCUCGUGUUGUGCAUUUCAGAUAGCGGUUGCAAGUGUAUACAACUGUCAUUCUGUGUCUUCUGAAAUAUUUGGAUGUGCAGCUUAUUUAGAAUGAGAUCCUUGCUCUUCUUAAACUUCAGAUGGUUUGGGGUGUUUAAAUGCAUUGAUGAUAGCUGAUGCUUUAAAAAAAAAUAAAGGAAUAAACAAAGGACUUUUAUAUUUGCAGCAAAAACAUGAGAUGUACAUAACUCGAAAUGUUCUCAAGCAAUAUUGUUAAGAGUAUUCAUGGGUGCACUUCUUCAGGCUGUGUGUACAUAUAUUUUUGCAAAAAUAAUAAUAAUAAUAAACCCUCAUUCUUUCAAACA